AUGCCGAGGUCGUGCUGCCGCCGCUCGGGGGCCCUGCUGCUUGCCUUGUUGCUGCAGGCCUCCACGGAAGUGCACGGCUGGUGCCUGGAGAGCAGCCAGUGUCAGGACCUCACCACGGAAAGUAACCUGCUGGCCUGCAUCCGGGCCUGCCAGCCCGACCUCUCGGCGGAGACGCCCGCGUUCCCCCGCGACGGCGAGGAGCAGCCCCUGACCGAGAACCCCCGGAAGUACGUCAUGGGCCACUUCCGCUGGGACCGCUUCGGCCGCCCGAAUGGCAGUAGCUGGUCAGGCGCGGGCCAGAAGCGGGAGGAGGAGGUGGUGGCGGCGGGCGAUGGCGCCGAGGCGGGCCCGCGCGAGGGCAAGCGCUCCUACUCCAUGGAGCACUUCCGCUGGGGCAAGCCGGUGGGCAAGAAGCGGCGCCCGGUGAAGGUGUAUCCCAAUGGCGCCGACGACGAGUCGGCCGAGGCCUUCCCCCUCGAGUUCAAGAGGGAGCAGGCGGGGCCGCGGCGCGAGCCGGCGCUGAGCCCCGAGCGCCCGGCCGAGGGCGCGGCGGCCCGGGCCGGCCCGGAGUACGGCCUGGGGACGGAGCCCGGGGCCGAGGCGGCGGCGGUGAAGGAGGACGGGGGGCCCUAUAAGAUGGAGCACUUCCGCUGGGGCAGCCCGCCCAAGGGCAAGCGCUACGGCGGCUUCAUGACCUCCGAGAAGAGCCAGACGCCCCUGGUGACGCUGUUCAGAAACGCCAUCAUCAAGAACGCCCACAAGAAGGGCCAGUGAGGGCGGAGCGGGACAAGGGGCUUCUCGCCCUGGGAAGUCGACCCCAAAGCCCCCUCUUCUGCCCUGCCUGCCCACCUCCCGCUACUGGCCGGGCUGUGGGAGCGGCCUAUGUUCAGCUGGUUAAAGCUGUAUGUAGUUAGGAAAUAAAACCUUUCAAGAUGCA